UAGAGCAGUAAACGGUAAAAGAAGGCCGCUUAAGCGAUGCAGCACCAGCGCUCCGAAAACCUAAACCCUAAACCCGCCGAGGGCGAAGAGGCCAUUGCCUGUAUGGAGCACGGCCAUGCUACCGCCCUUCUUUUCUCCUCUUCCUUUUCACCUCCGCCGCUGCAUGCGGCGGAGAAAUGGUACAGUUGGCAGAACCGCUGGCCGAACAGACGCCGCCAUAUGUUUCAUCCUCGGUCUUCAAACUCUUUUUUUUUUUCUCGUCCAUCGCAGCAUCUCGGAUGCUGAAGCAUAAAGCUAUCCCAUUAAACCUAUGUUUUUUGAUAUCCUUCUUUUGGUCAUGGUUGCAGCCAUCGACCAGCAAGAGUUUACAAAUCAGUGAAACCAUGAGCACAUUAUCUUUAGCUCUCGAGGUCAAGAGGCUUCAAGGAGAUUGGGACCUACAAAGGCAUCAAAUGCUUUUACAGAUUAGUAGGCACAAGAUGAUUUCCCAUGAAAUGUUUUUUUAUCUAGUGUUGUACAGAACGUGCCUUGCUGGGUGGGGGUGUGUUAGAGAGAAGUGAGUCUUAGCUAAAGGUAAGGAGAGAGUUUAAUCUUAGAAAAAAAGCCAAAUACUCACUGCUCUUAAUUCAACUCUUUUUUCUAUUAAUUUGUCUUGAACGCUUAUUAUUUUCAUGCUACUCUUUAUUUUUUCAUUGUAGGGCUUCAUUCUGUAGUUCAUUACUGUCUGUUUCUGAUGUUUCCAUAUCCCAGAUCUAUUCGCCAAGUUCUGGGUGAUAAGUUUCUGCUGGGUUAAGCUAAGCAAUGGUGCAGUACAUGUUUCUCGUGCUCCUUUUUUGCAUGGACAGUGUAACCGCCUUCAAUCAAAUUAUUGUUUCAGGCGCUCAUUUCUUUAGAAGUGGUUUCAUGUUUCGUAUGCUACAUAUUUUUAUAUGAACAACAGUAUGUGGAGUUGGAAAUAAAGUGAGAGAGGAGAGAAACAGAGUAAGAGAGAGGCCGGGGAGGUCCCUUGAUUAUAAAAUUACUAGUUUAGUAGGCUGGCAUAUGGCGGAUGGGAAGGGGCGUUGAGAUACUUUGAAAGCCAGUAGGUUUGGUUAGUUUUUAGUUGUCCUCAGCUUUUUUUUUCUGCUUUCUGUUUAUGCUAUAAUUAUUGAUGUAAUUUAGGUGGAGUGGAAUUUUUUCCUCAUAUUAGUUAUGAAGUUGCAUAUUACUUAUUAUUAACUAAUGUUUUAUUAUGUUUUUA